ACGUUCAUACACACACAUACACAUCUGUGAUAAAACCCAUCAAAUAAUUCACCACCCUUUUUCUUCUCUCCCAUUAUCUUUUGCCCAUAUAGUAUUUUUUUCUUCCUCUGUAAAUUGCUUAGGUUCUGUGCUGUUUUUGUAGGGAACAAAGAGUAGAAAGAGAGAGAGAGAUAGGUAGAUAGAGACUAUAGAGAGUCCUAUGCUGGGGGACUCAGCAGUGUUGGGAACAGCAGGAGGAGGAGGAGGAAGCUCUGGAGAUGCAGCAGUGGCAGCAGCUGCUGCUGCAGCAAGAGCUCAUGACGGCGGUGAUACGGCGGCGGGUGGUGGUGGAGGCGGAUCAAAUUCAGGGGAUGAUGAAAGGGGUGACCGGAGCUUUGGCGGUAACCGGUGGCCUAGACAAGAGACUCUGGCUUUGUUGAAGAUACGGUCAGAUAUGGACGUUGCUUUUAGAGAUGCCAGUGUUAAGGGUCCCUUGUGGGAUGAAGUUUCAAGGAAAUUGGCAGAUCUUGGGUAUCACAGAAAUGCCAAGAAGUGCAAAGAGAAAUUUGAGAAUGUUUACAAGUACCACAAGAGAACCAAGGAAGGAAGAAGUGGGAAAUCAGAUGGGAAAACCUAUCGUUUCUUUGAUCAAUUACAAGCCCUUGAAAACAACCCUUCAAUUCAAUCCCCAACAGCUCCAAAACCGCCACAACAGCAAACUGCAUCACUGCCUGCAAUUCUAUCCCCAACUCCUUCAAAACUGCCAAAACAAACACCACCACCAGCAACAACACAUGCAUUAUCAUCAUUGUCACUUCCAACCACAACAGUGCCAUUGCCAUUGCCACCAACAUUGGUUAACACAAUCCCGAGCACCACCUCCAUUACUGUUCCAUCAAUAGCCCCUUCUUACCCACCAUCAAACCCUUCAUUUUUCCCAUCAACAACAAACCCUCCUCACACCAUCACUCCACCUUCCUUCCCCAACAUACCGACGGAUCUCUUGUCCGAUUACAGCACUUCGUCGACAUCCUCGGACGAAACAAUGAUGGAAGCCGGAGGAACACGGAAGCGGAAGAGGAAAUGGAAGGACUUCUUUGAGAGGCUAAUGAAGGAAGUGAUGGAGAAGCAGGAGCAGCUGCAGAAGAGGUUCCUGGAGGCCAUUGAGAAACGCGAGCAAGAGCGAACGGCUAGAGAAGAAGCGUGGAAGAUGCAGGAGAUGCAAAAGAUCAACAGGGAGAGAGAAAUUCUCGCCCAAGAGAGAUCAAUUGCCGCAGCAAAAGAUGCAGCCGUCAUGACAUUUCUGCAGAAGAUUUCUGAACAACAAAAUCUCACUCCUACAUCCAACAACAACAACAACAAUGCACAACAACCACAAGACCCCGCUCCAGCACCAUCACCAGCACUAGUACCGGUACCUGUACCAGUAUCGGUACCGGCACCAGUGCAAACACCAAUCCUGGUGGCGCAACAAAUUACAGCUGCUCCGGUUCCGCAAGCGCCACAACCAUUGGCCCCACAAGAGGUCCCACCACAACAUCAGCAUCAUCAGGUGCAGCAACAAGUGACCAAUUUGGAAAUGAUAAAAGGUGAUAAUGGAGAGAGUGUGGGUGUGAUGCCAGCUAGCUCUUCAAGGUGGCCAAAAGCUGAGGUUGAGGCACUGAUAAAGCUAAGAACGAGUUUGGAUACAAAGUACCAAGACAGUGGUCCUAAAGGACCACUAUGGGAGGAGAUAUCAGCGUUGAUGAGGAAAAUGGGGUACAACCGGAAUGCCAAAAGAUGCAAGGAGAAAUGGGAGAAUAUCAACAAGUACUUUAAGAAAGUGAAGGAGAGCAACAAGAAGAGGCCAGAAGAUGCAAAGACUUGUCCUUAUUUUCACCAAUUGGAUGCUCUAUACAGGGAGAAGAGCAAGAUGAUGGAGAGCAGCUUGAUGAAGCCUGAGAGUGCUGCGGCGGCCACAGCAAUGAUGGCACCAUUGAUGGUGCGGCCGGAGCAGCAGUGGCCGCCCCAACCGGUACCAGAUGUCACCAUGGUAGAUGCUGGGAGUGAUCGUCGGCACAGUGAGGAGGAGGACUAUGAUGAUGAUAAUGAUUAUGAUGACAAGGAUAUUGGCGAUGAAGAUGAAGAUGAUGAAGGAACUGGUAAGUACGAGAUUGUGGCGAGUAAGCCGGCACCGAGGUGAGAAGAAUAAAUUUUGAGUACUAUACACCAGAAACCGGCGGUGACGGUGGUGGAGGGUAUUGCAGAUUUUGAUUAUACACAUAUAGAAUGAAAUUGGGUAUAGGGGUUGAGGAAUCUGAAAUGGAAGUAAGCAUAUAGUCAGCAAGAUUAUAUGUUUCUUUAAUUUUCUUUUCAAUUUUAGAAAGGAAUAAUUAAUUAUUUUUUGAGCUAAAUAAAUAAGUUGAUGAGAGGAAGAAGGAAAUUCAAGAUAGGGAGAGGUUCAGACUUCAGAGGUUCCAUAAAAAUGAAUAAUGGAAGAAACCUUGCUUAAUGUUGCUGUACUUUUUUUUUUAAUGUUCAAGGUGGUGUAAAUGGGAGAAACAAUUAAUUGGGGGGGGGGGGUUGUUUUUUUCUUUUCUUCUUUAAUUUGUUAUUUUUCUAAAUUAUCCUUUUUUUAUUUUCUUACUCUUCAAAUGUCAGUAUCAUUUUUGUUUA